AUGUAUCUUUACAGCCUCACCCUUCAACAGGCGACGGGUGUUGUCUGCGCAAUCAAUGGAAACUUCAUCGGAGGUAAAACGCAGGAGAUUGUUGUUGCUCGUGGCAAAACUCUGGACCUCCUCCGCCCCGACGAAGCUGGCAAGAUCCAAACCCUUCACUCUGUCGAGGUGUUCGGAGCCAUCCGUUGUCUCGCUCACUUCCGUCUCACCGGUUCUCAGAAAGAUUACGUAGUGGUUGGGUCCGAUUCUGGUCGCAUCGUCAUCAUGGAGUACCACAAAGAAAAGAAUUGCUUCCACAAACUCUACCAGGAGACUUUUGGUAAGUCUGGCUGCCGCCGCAUUGUUCCGGGACAGUACGUUGGUGUUGAUCCAAAGGGUCGUGCCGUUAUGAUUGCUGCCUGCGAGAAGCAGAAGCUUGUAUACGUUCUCAAUCGUGACACCGCUGCUCGUUUAACGAUCUCUUCUCCCCUUGAGGCACAUAAAUCCCACACCAUAACCUAUUCUAUUACUGGAGUUGACUGUGGGUUUGACAACCCGAUUUUCGCUUCCAUUGAGCUCGACUACUCUGAGGCUGACCAGGAUUCCACUGGACAAGCAGCGGCUGAAGCUCAGAAACACCUUACGUUCUACGAGCUUGACCUAGGUCUCAACCAUGUAUCUCGAAAAUGGACCGAACCCAUUGAUAAUGGAGCUAAUCUUCUUGUAACAGUGCCAGGUGGUGAUGAUGGCCCUAGUGGUGUCCUUGUCUGUGCUGAGAAUUUUGUCAUUUAUAAGAACCAGGGCCACCCUGAUGUCCGUGCUGUCAUACCCCGUCGUGCCGACCUCCCCGCAGAGCGUGGUGUUCUCAUUGUUUCGGCAGCCACCCAUCGCCAGAAAUCGAUGUUCUUCUUUCUUCUCCAAACUGAAUAUGGAGAUAUAUUUAAGGUUACUCUAGAGCAUAAGAGGGAUGAGCAGGAUCGUGUCACGGAGCUUAAAAUCAAGUACUUCGAUACGAUACCGGUGACCUCAGCCAUGUGUGUCCUAAAGACUGGAUUUUUGUUUGCCGCGUCAGAGUUUGGUAACCAUGCGCUUUACCAGUUUCAGUCUAUUGGCGAUGGAGAUGACGUGGAGGCAUCAUCCGCAACAUUAAUGGAAACGGAAGAGGGGUUCCAACCAGUGUUCUUCCAGCCAAGGGGAUUGAAGAAUCUUGUGAGGAUAGAUCACAUUGCUAGCCUCAUGCCAAUUCUGGAUAUGAAGGUUCUGAACCUUUUUGAAGAGGAGACUCCUCAAAUUUUCACUCUUUGUGGUCGUGGACCUAGGUCUUCAAUCCGGAUAUUGAGGCCGGGACUGGCCAUCAGUGAGAUGGCUGUGUCUCAGCUACCUGGUGUGCCCAAUGCUGUUUGGACAGUGAAGAAAAAUGUUAGUGAUGAGUUCGAUGCAUAUAUUGUUGUAUCAUUUCCAAGUGGUACCCUUGUACUAUCCAUUGGAGAAACUGUGGAGGAAGUCAGCGAUAGUGGUUUUCUGGAUACUACGCCUUCUCUUGCAGUUUCUUUGCUAGGCGAUGAUUCACUCAUGCAGGUUCAUCCAAAUGGAAUUAGGCACAUUAGAGAGGAUGGGCGUAUUAAUGAGUGGAAAACUCCUGGGAAGAAGACCAUUGUCAAGGUUGGUUCAAACAGACUACAGGUUGUGAUAGCAUUGAGUGGAGGAGAGCUUAUUUAUUUUGAAAUGGACAUGACUGGUCAAUUAAUGGAGGUGGAGAAGCAUGAGAUGCCUGGAGAUGUUGCUUGCUUGGAUAUUGCCCCAGUUCCUGAGGGAAAACAGAGAUCCCGUUUCCUUGCAGUGGGUUCAUAUGAUAACACUAUUCGGAUACUUUCUUUAGAUCCUGAUGACUGCAUGCAGGUAUUGAGCGUUCAAAGUGUUUCCUCUUCUCCGGAAUCUCUCCUCUUGCUUGAAGUGCAGGCAUCUACUGGUGGGGAAGAUGGAGCUGACCAUCCUGCAAGUGUUUUCCUCAACGCUGGGUUGCAAAAUGGUGUUCUUUUCAGAACUGUUGUUGAUAUGGUCACUGGCCAGCUUUCUGAUACUCGUUCUCGUUUCUUGGGUUUGAGAGCUCCCAAGCUCUUUAAAGCCAUAGUAAGGGGUAGGCAAGCAAUGCUUUGUUUGUCAAGUAGACCUUGGCUUGGUUACAUACACCAGGGACAUUUCCUGCUAACUCCUUUGUCUUACGAAACACUUGAAUUCGCUGCUUCUUUUGCUUCUGAUCAGUGUGCAGAAGGUGUAGUUGCUGUUGCUGGGGACGCAUUGCGAAUUUUCACUAUUGAAAGAUUGGGAGAGACAUUUAAUGAGACAGUCAUCCCUUUAAGAUAUACUCCCAGGAGGUUUGUAUUACAACCCAAGCGGAAGUAUUUGGUUAUCAUUGAGAGCGAUCAAGGAGCAUUUACUGCAGAAGAGCGAGAGGCGGCUAGGAAAGAGUUUGGAAGCAGCUUGGAAGCAGCUGGAGUUGAGAAUGGAAUUGCUAAUAAUAGAGAACAACUGGAGAAUGGUGGAAUUGGUGGCAAUGAUGAGGAGAAGGAUGAUCCUCUCUCUGAUGAGCAGUAUGGAUACCCUAAAGCAGAGUCAGACAAGUGGGUUUCUUGCAUUAGAGUUAUAGAUCCGAAAUCGGGUAACACAACUUGUCUUCUAGAGCUGCAGGAUAACGAGGCUGCAUUCAGUAUAUGUACUGUGAACUUCCAUGAUAAGGAAUAUGGAACUUUGUUAGCUGUUGGAACCGCAAAGGGACUGCAGUUUUUGCCAAAGAAAUCUUUAACUGCAGGUUUUAUUCACAUCUAUAGAUUCAUUGAUGAAGGGAAAUCUCUGGAAUUGCUGCAUAAAACUCAAGUGGAGGGAGUUCCUCUUGCUUUGUGCCAGUUUCAAGGGAGACUUCUUGCUGGUAUUGGUUCAGUGCUUAGGUUAUAUGAUUUGGGUAAAAGAAGGCUGCUAAGGAAAUGUGAAAACAAGCUUUUCCCAAAUACGAUUAACUCAAUUCACACUUAUCGUGACAGAAUUUAUGUUGGUGACCUUCAAGAAUCCUUUCAUUAUUGCAAGUAUAGGCGGGAUGAAAAUCAGCUGUAUAUAUUUGCAGAUGAUUCUGUUCCCAGAUGGUUAACAGCAUCACACCAUGUAGAUUUUGACACAAUGGCGGGUGCAGACAAGUUUGGUAAUAUUUACUUUGUACGCUUACCGCAAGAUGUUUCGGAUGAGAUAGAAGAAGAUCCGACUGGAGGUAAGAUAAAGUGGGAACAAGGGAAGUUGAAUGGUGCUCCCAACAAGGUGGAGGAAAUAGUUCAGUUUCAUGUUGGUGAUGUUGUCACCUGUCUGCAGAAGGCAUCGCUUAUACCUGGAGGUGGUGAAUGUAUGAUAUUUGGCACUGUGAUGGGUAGUUUAGGGGCAUUUCUUGCUUUCACAUCCCGGGAAGAUGUUGAUUUUUUUUCUCAUUUAGAGAUGCAUUUGAGGCAAGAGCAUCCACCUUUAUGUGGUAGAGAUCACAUGGCGUACAGAUCUGCCUAUUUUCCUGUGAAGGAUGUAAUCGACGGCGACCUCUGCGAGCAAUACCCAACCCUUCCACCUGAUUUGCAGAGGAAGAUUGCUGAUGAACUGGACAGAACUCCAGGUGAGAUAUUGAAGAAACUGGAAGACAUCAGAAACAAAAUAAUUUAAAGAAUUGAAUCCCGAAACAAAGCUAGGAAACAAGAGCUGAGAUGUACUUUCUACUCCGUCAUUACGGUGCUGACUACGGUUUAGAUUAUAACGUCUCAAUGGUUUGUACCUUUUCUCAAUUUUAUCAUACCCAGUAAUAUUUCUCUCAUCCUCUUCUGAUUUGUAGGGAUUUAUUAUUGUAAAAUCUUGAAUAUGGAAUGUAUCAAGUUUUUGUUAAUAAGUUAAAUUGCUUA